CGCCCCUGCGUGGCUAGAGCCGUGCGGGUUUGGCGGUGGAAGCCGUGGGGCGGCGGGGGGCAGGGCGUGGUGAGGUGAGGUGGGUGCCCAAGCGGGGUUCCCGGAGCCAUGGCUUGCUCCAUUGUCCAGUUCUGCUACUUCCAGGACCUCCAGGCCGCCCGGGACUUCCUCUUCCCUCAUCUGCGGGAGGAGACCCCCUGCGGCGCCGUGCGCAGGGACCCCAGUAAAUCGAACUGGGAAGAUGAUGGUUGGGGAGCAUGGGAAGAAACAGACCCCCAAGAACCUGAAGAAGAAGGAAAUACUUGCAAAACACAAAAAACUUCCUGGCUGCAAGAUUGUGUUUUAUCCCUGUCUCCAACCAAUGAUCUUAUGGUUAUAGCUCGAGGGCAAAAAGCGGUUUUUCUUGUGCCAAAAUGGAAAUACAGCGAUAAAGGAAAGGAAGAAAUGCAAUUUGCUAUUGGCUGGAGUGGUUCUUUAAAUGUCGAAGAAGGAGAACGUGUAACCAGUGCUCUAUGCAUCCCACUAGCAAGCCAAAAGAGGAGUUCCACAGGGCGUCCUGACUGGACCUGCAUUGUGGUGGGCUUUACCUCAGGUUAUGUACGCUUCUACACUGAGAAUGGUGUGCUCUUGCUUGCACAGCUUCUGAACGAAGACCCAGCACUACAGCUGAAGUGCAGGACCUCUGAAAUCCCACGGCAUCCUGGCGUGACUGAACAGAAUGAAGAGUUGAGUAUCUUAUAUCCAGGUGCCAUUGUGACUAUUGAUGGAUUUAGCCUUUUUCAGUCUCUUCGUGCUUGUCGAAAUCAGGUAGCAAAAGCUGCAGCAUCAGGCAAUGAGAACAUACAGCCUCCACCGUUAGCUUAUAAGAAAUGGGGCCUCCAAGAUAUUGACACUAUUAUUGAUUAUGCUAGUAUUGGUAUUAUGACUUUGUCCCCUUUUGACCAAAUGAAGACUGCCUCCAAUAUAGGUGGAUUUAACGCAGCAAUUAAAAACAGUCCACCCGCCAUGUCUCAGUAUAUCACUGUUGGGUCCAAUCCAUUUACCGGCUUCUUCUAUGCUUUAGAGGGAAGCUCCCAACCAUUACUGUCUCACGUGGCGCUGGCGGUCGCAAGUAAACUCACUUCUGCUUUAUUUAAUGCUGCCAGUGGUUGGCUUGGUUGGAAAAGCAAGCACGAAGAGGAAGCAGUGCAGAAGCAAAAGCCAAAGGUGGAGCCAGCCACCCCGUUAGCUGUCAGAUUUGGACUUCCAGAUUCUAGACGCCAUGGUGAAAGUAUAUGUCUGUCUCCAUGUAACACACUGGCAGCAGUAACAGAUGAUUUUGGCAGAGUAAUUUUAUUGGAUGUAGCUAGAGGAAUUGCAAUACGCAUGUGGAAAGGGUAUCGCGAUGGACAGAUUGGUUGGAUCCAAAUUGUAGAGGACCUCCAUGAAAGAGUACCAGAAAAGGCGGAUUUUUCCCCCUUUGGAAAUACUCAGGGUCCAAGCCGAGUAGCUCAGUUCCUUGUGAUCUAUGCACCAAGAAGGGGAAUCUUAGAAGUGUGGAGCACACAGCAGGGACCUCGAGUAGGAGCUUUCAACGUGGGAAAGCACUGCAGGCUUCUGUAUCCUGGCUAUAAAAUAAUGGGCUUAAAUAAUGUUACCAGUCAGAGUUGGCAGCCACAGACUUACCAGAUCUGUCUUGUUGAUCCAGUGUCUGGAAGUGUGAAAACAGUAAAUGUUCCUUUCCAUUUAGCACUGAGUGACAAGAAGUGCGAACGAGCCAAGGACAUGCACCUAGUGAAGAAGCUGGCUGUCCUGCUGAAAACAAGACCUCCUAACCUCGAUUUGGUUGAAACACAAAUAAAGGAAUUAAUUCUUGAUAUUAAGUAUCCUGCAACCAAGAAACAAGCCUUGGAAAGCAUUUUUGCAAGUGAACGAUUACCAUUUUCCUGCUUUAGAAACAUCACUCAGACUUUAAUGGACACUUUAAAAAAUCAAGAGCUUGAGUCUGUUGACGAAGGAUUGCUACAGUUUUGUGCCAAUAAACUGAAAUUACUCCAUCUUUAUGAGUCUGUCUGUCAGUUAAAUUCCCUUGAUUUUCAUUCAGACACACCAUUCUUGGAUAAUGACUUGGCUGUAUUACUGAGGCUUGAUGAAAAAGAACUGCUCAAGCUCCAGGCAUUACUAGAGAAGUACAAAGAGGAAAAAACCAGGACUGCUACAGUCCGAUUUUCUGAUGAUAAGGAUGGUGUGUUACCUGUAAAAACAUUCCUGGAAUAUUUAGAAUAUGAGAAGGAUGUGAUCAACAUAAAGAAAAUAAGUGAAGAGGAGUAUGUGGCUUUAGGUAGUUUCUUUUUCUGGAAGUGUUUGCAUGGAGAAAGCUCUACCGAGGAUAUGUGUCACACUCUGGAGUCAGCUGGACUUAGCCCUCAGCUAUUGUUGUCUCUGCUCCUGAGUGUUUGGCUGUCUAAGGAGAAAGAUAUUUUGGAUAAACCACAGUCUGUGUGCUGUCUUCAUACGAUGCUGUCCCUUCUGAGCAAGAUGAAAGUGGCCAUCGAUGAGACCUGGGACUCCCAGCCUGUGUCUCCCUGGUGGCAGCAGAUGCGCAUGGCUUGUGUUCAGUCUGAGAACAACGGCGCUGCUCUGUUGUCUGCACACGUUGGGCAUUCCGUUGCCGCACAGAUCUCGAACAUCAUGACCGAGAAAAAAUUUUCCCAGACAGUUUUGGGUGCUGAUUCUGAGGCCCUCACCGAUUCCUGGGAGGCCCUUUCUCUGGACACUGAAUACUGGAAGCUUCUACUGAAACAGCUGGAGGACUGUCUCAUACUUCAGACUUUACUUCACAGCAAAGCAAACACGUCAACCUCCAAAGUGUCGUUGCUGCAGGCUGAGCCCCUCCCGAGGCUUUCUGUCAAAAAGUUAUUGGAAGGAGGAAAAGGUGGCAUAGCAGACAGUGUAGCCAAGUGGAUAUUUAAACAGGACUUCAGCCCUGAAGUAUUAAAACUGGCUAAUAAGGAAAGAGAUGCAGAAAACCCAGAUGAACCCAAAGAAGGUAUUAACAGAGAUUUACUUGAAGUGUCAGAGGUGGACAUGAACCUAGGAGCUAUACCAGACUUGCUGCAUUUAGCCUAUAAGCAGUUUCCGUGUAGCCUUGAGCUAGACGUGCUGCACGCACAUUGCUGUUGGGAGUAUGUUGUGCAGUGGAAUAAAGAUCCAGAGGAAGCGCGUUUCUUCGUUCGGUCAAUAGAGCACCUGAAGCACAUUCUUAAUGCACAUGUUCAGAAUGGCAUCGCUCUGAUGAUGUGGAAUACAUUCUUGGUGAAAAGGUUUUCUGCUGCUACAUACUUGAUGGAUAAGGUUGGAAAAUCACCAAAGGACAGGCUAUGCCGAAGGGAUGUGGGGAUGAGUGACACAGCAAUGACCUCUUUCCUUGGCUCCUGCUUGGAUCUUCUUCAGACUUUGAUGGAGGUAGAAGAGGCCGACGUUAGCCGGGAUGAAAUGCAAGCGCCUGUCCUGGAUACGGAGGACGCGUGGCUCACGGUCGAAGGACCGACCUCCAUAGUGGAGCUGGCCCUGGAGCAGAAGCACGUCCACUACCCGCUGGUGGAGCACCAUUCCGUCCUCUGCUCCGUCCUCUAUGCCGUUAUGAGGUUUUCUCUGAAGGCCGUGAAGCCACUCUCACUCUUCGAUAGUAAGGGGAAAAAUGCAUUCUUCAAAGACCUAACUUCAAUUCAGUUAUUACCUAGUGGGGAAAUGGAUCCAAAUUUUAUUUCUGUACGACAACAGUUCUUACUGAAAGUCGUUAGUGCGGCCGUCCAGGCUCAGCAUUCAGUCGUGAAGGACAGAGAGUCCCCAGAAGAGGCACCGACCACUCCUUUUGGGAAAGACCAAGAUUGGCCAGUUCUAGCUGUGGAUUUGGCUCAUCACCUUCAAGUUAGUGAAGAUGUGGUUCGAAGGCAUUACGUGGUGGAGCUCUACAACUACGGUGCGGACCACUUAGGAGAAGAGGCCAGUCUCCAGGUGCACGACAAGGAGGUCCUCGCCUCGCAGCUGCUGGUGUUAACAGGGCAGAGACUGGCUCACGCGCUCCUGCACGCCCAGACGAGAGGAGGAAUGGAGCUGCUGGCCCGACUUCCCCCCACGCUCUGCACUUGGCUGAAAGCCAUGAACCCCCAAGAUCUUCAAAACACGGAAGUGCCAAUUGCAACGACAGCUAAACUAGUAAAUAAAGUCAUCGAGCUUUUACCAGAAAACCACGGGCAGUAUAGCUUAGCCUUACACCUCAUUGAAGCUGUGGAAGCCGUAUCUAUCCCUUCUUUAUGACACCUACCCUACCGAAAACGGUCUCAAAUUGUGUGACUAGAACAUGAAUUAGUGCAUGGUAAUUUUACAUAGUAAGAUCUGGAAUUUGAUGGAGGGAGUAUGUCUUUUUUCUUUUGUAAAAUGAAUAAAAAUACAUACUACUUUUUAAAAGUGCAGUCCUGGCUAAAUUCCACUCCUUUGGUUAAUAUUGAAGAUAAAAUAUAAACAAAUAUCAAUGAUACCAUUAAUUACUAACACAGAUGUUUUACUGUUUAUUUCUAAUUUAAGCACUUCAAUAGCUUUAUGGGUAAACUUUGCUAUUUCAAAUGGGUUAUAAUUUACAGAUUAUGUUCUUACCAGAUUCUAUAUUUCGUACUCGAAAUGUUACUGUAAUUAAAUUUCAAAUGUGUUCAUGUAUAGUCUCCAUCAGUAAAAUUAGAGAAACAUCCCACUCGCUUUUGUGGGCAUGCUUAAAUCCAACAUCCUGGGCUGCCGCCUGGAGCUCUGGAUGCGGACAGGUUCUUUCCCAGAGGUUUAUGCUGCCGCCACCGGAGGAGGAUGACCUUGCUUUGGAGGAGGAAUGGGUUCGAGAUCAUCGUAUUCAUCAGAAGGGACACUAAACAUUAGAACCCUUAACCUGUUGUCCUUGCCAAAACUGAGAUUCUGAGACGCAAGCAACACAGCAAAAUUAAGUACGAUAUAAGUUAAGAUUUACUUUUUGCCAAGAUUCGAAGUUGUAUCCACAUCAGGUCAUUGUAAAAAUGUAUUAUCUUGUAAAAUUUAUGUUUUAAAAAAAGGCAAAGAUGCUAAAAAUUUAAGUCCAGUUUAUCUUUCCUACAAGUGUUUAGAAAUGUCUGCUUCUGGGAUAUGGUAACGUUAUCUGUUCUUGGGAACAGUAAAGGCCUAGUGAUAUUGUAGCUUUGCAAACCUACCUCACAGCUGGGUUGAGGGAAUAAAAUACAACUAAUUUUGUACCCUAGAGUGCCUAGAGCAGUCCAAGUGCUGAAUAAUUACUUGUUGAUUAAAACCAGAUUAACCAAAACUCUGUAAACAAAGUGUUUUGAGCUCUACAAAUACCAAAUAUUUAUUAGGGUAGAUCUUUGGAAUGUAGCCAUGCAGUGCAAUUACUGUUCUCUGUCAUGGAUCACGAUUGUUAUUCACAGUAACUCACUGUGAUACGGAAGUUUGUUGCUUCACUUACUUGUAAGAAGCCAACGUUAUCAACUGUAUUGUAUAAAGCUGAGGAGUAUGCCCCUCAAGGAUAUGAAGAAAAAAUUCUCAUGUUUGAGGAUAUCCCAAUUUAAAUUAUUUUUAACUAAAAGAUGACAUCCAAAUAAGACUUGUCUAGAACUUAAUAAUUACUGUUUAAUUUAAAAAUCUUGAAAGAUAAAGUUUUAAGAGGUCUUGGGUAUUUGGGUGAGGGCCUGUCAAUCUGACCGAGGCGCACACCGUAUUCAGUAGCAGCACCGAAAAGGACCUUAUGCUAGUCCAGCCUCCCGCCUCUGCUGGGAUCCCCACUGGCCCAUCCAGACACGGUCCUAUGAGUUCUUGUAAACCUGUCUAGCUUUAUCUAGUCACGUGUUAUAUGCAUUCUAAAAGAUUCGUUCUUCCUGUGAUUUUUCUACAUACUCUGAAAGUAGUUAUGAAUGUUGGAGGCUGGUCAAAGAAACUUUACAUCCUCACUUUGAUUCGAUUAUCACUUUUGGGGGAAGGGGGGUAUCUGAUAAACAAACAUGUUAGAUAAUAAAGCUGGUUAAACGUAUUCUCGUAGGACACACAGAUCUGGGGAUUGUUGAGAAUAUUAAUAAGCUGAAAUAUGGUUCACAGGACCAUAACAGAUCACUGAAUUACAAAUCUGUAGUUACCUUUGUGAUCCUAAAGUUUACCGUGCAAAGAAUUUUAAAAUUGAAUUCUGAGCUAUAUGGUUAAGAAAAGCAGUGAAAUAUUUUACUGUUUCAUCAAGGCAUUUUAAAAUCUGAGAGAAGAAAAUACCUGUGUAUACAUUCUGUACCAAGAAAGAGCCACAAAUAAAGGAAUUAAAUUGUAUGUGGGAUGGGUGAUUUCUAAAACAAAGGUAUGCUGCACUUUCUGAUGGGAAGCCAGAAACAGUAGUGUUUUCCUAGCGAGAACUGCCCGCUCCCCUGACACCUUUCUUCAUUAACAUUAAACAGGCAUCUGUACCUUGUUAAAUUCCACUUUAUAAUGCUGAAGAAAAACAGAAGUGUUCAAAUAAUCAUAACUUCUACAUUACAGGUUAUGUUUAAAUGUAGAACUAGAAGAGCCAGAUAAACGUAGGUGAAGAGGAACACAUCACCAACUUUCUAAAUGCUUCAUACUUUUGCAAAAAGAAAAAUAAGAAAUGGAGAGAGUUUCACUCUUUGUUAUAAAAAUUUGUCUAAGGUACAAGUAAGCACUGUUACAUUUAAAUUGCUUUUUUUUUAAGUGGUUAAUUACAACUUAAAACAGAUUUAAUAAUAUUAAGCUUACAUGGAAUAUAAUGUUCACUUAUUGAGUUGCUGUGGUUCAUUUCAUUUGAGACAAAUCUUUUUAAAGUACUCCAUGGCAACACUGAAAGCCCUCCCUCACCCUGACAGAAAUGAAUUUUUUGGGCUUCUAAAAGUUAGAUUUCUGCUGAAUAGAAUUAGCCAUCCCUAGAAAGGUUUUAAUCCAAUACUGAAUUGUUUAUAAAAUGCUGUUAUCUAUUGUAAUGUACUGUAAGUAGUGACAUUCUGUACAUACUUCUAUUUUCUGUGUCCAGUGUUGUGAACUUAUGUAUAUUAGUGAAAUAAACUUUCAGCUUUCA